AGCGAGGCGGAAGUUGUAAUGGGUGGCACGUUGAAGGGAAAGGGAUUGUUCUUUAAACACGUUACAAGAUCUUAAACGCCACCUUUACACAACAUAUGGCGCUUUUACUUGUUUGAAUAGAAACGGAGUUACUUGACUCUUACACCUUUUCUUGAAGAUACGGGCAAAGAGAUGAAAGGAGCUUAAUAUGGUGCAAUGGCUUCUUCUUGGCUUAGGAUUUAAAAGGCAAUGACGAGAAUGCAAGCGCAUUCCUGGAAGACUUCUUACUUGCUUGUCCAUUGAAAUGUCAUUCUGGACUAGGGGCUUUUCAAGGAGUAUGCAUUUACCUACACAUAGCCGGUGUAGCUGCAUCUUUAAAUAAACCAUUUAGUUUUUUGUGCAACGUGGAUUGUGAAACCCAAAAUGACUAGUUUACGGAGGAUUUUAAGAAGGCGACUUCAUCCAUGGAAAUUAGUGAUUGUAGCUCUUAUUUUCAUUACAUUUUUGUUUCUAAUACAACGGGAAGUUGUUAGUCGAGAUCCAAAGGAGGAGCCGUGGCUUAAAGAAAUAGUGGAGAAGAGAGAUGCAGUGUUUGGAAUGAUGAUGGGAGCAGUCAACAAUUUCAGGGAUGCCAUGCCAAAGAUGCAAAUCAAAGCACCUGUUCGACAACAUGACAGCUCAAACAAUAACUCCUGUUUGCCUGGAUACUACACAGCUGCAGAACUUAAACCUUUCCUGGAACGACCACAACAGGACCCAAAUGCUCCUGGAGCCUCUGGAAAGGCUUACCACACUGACAAUCUGAGUGCUGAGGAGCAAAAGGAAAAGGAUAAAGGGAAUGCAAAACAUUGCUUUAAUCUGUUUGCAAGUGAUAGGAUUUCAUUCAGCAGGGACCUUGGACCUGAUACUCGACCUCCAGAAUGCAUUGAGCAAAAAUUUAAACGUUGCCCAUCACUUCCUACAACAAGUGUAAUUAUUGUAUUCCAUAAUGAAGCAUGGAGCACAUUACUGAGGACAGUGUACAGUGUAUUGCAUUCUUCCCCUGCAAUUUUUCUGAAGGAAAUCAUUCUUGUUGAUGAUGCAAGUGUUGAUGAUUACUUAAAAGAUGAUCUUGACAACUAUUUGAAACAGCUACAUAUAGUGAAAGUUGUGCGACAAAAAGAAAGAAAAGGCCUAAUUACUGCCAGAUUACUUGGAGCCUCUGUAGCUACUGGGGAUGUUCUGACAUUUCUCGAUGCUCACUGUGAGUGUUUUCAUGGUUGGUUAGAGCCUUUGCUAGCACGAAUUGCUGAAAACAACACAGCAGUGGUUAGCCCGGACAUUACAACAAUUGACCUUAAUUCUUUUGAAUUUAUGAAACCCUCUCCAUAUGGACAAAACCAUAAUCGUGGUAACUUUGACUGGAGUUUGUCAUUUGGAUGGGAGGGUGUUCCUGAUCAUGAGAAACAAAGAAGAAAAGAUGAAACGUACCCAAUUAGGACACCCACUUUUGCUGGAGGCCUUUUCUCAAUUUCCAAGAAAUACUUUUAUGAUGUUGGAAGUUAUGAUGAAGAAAUGGAAAUCUGGGGAGGAGAAAAUAUUGAAAUGUCUUUUCGUGUGUGGCAGUGUGGUGGUCAACUGGAAAUUAUCCCCUGUUCUGUAGUGGGUCAUGUUUUCCGCACAAAAAGCCCACAUACCUUCCCUAAAGGCACCCAGGUUAUUACACGAAACCAAGUUCGUCUAGCAGAAGUCUGGAUGGAUGACUAUAAAGAAAUAUUUUACCGGAGAAACCAGCAGGCAGCACAGAUGUCAAAAGAGAAGUCUUUUGGUGACAUUUCUAAACGACUGGAGCUAAGAAAGCGAAUCGAGUGCAAAGACUUCUCUUGGUACUUGAAGAAUGUUUAUCCUGAAGUAUUCUUACCAGAUCUGAAUCCAGUUCAGUUUGGAUCAGUGAAGAAUAUUGCUAAAGGUUCCUGUCUGGAUGCAGGAGAGAAUAAUGAAGGUGGGAAGCAAUUAAUAAUGUACCCCUGCCAUGGCCUUGGAGGAAAUCAGUAUUUUGAGUACUCCACACAUGAAGAAAUCCGGCACAACAUUCAAAAGGAGCUAUGUUUGCAUGGCACAGCUGGCGCUGCUGUUAAGCUGGAGGAUUGCCAGUAUAAAGGACGUGACACCCGUGUUGCUGGAGAAGAGAAGUGGAUGCUUAGAGAGAAUCGUCUCUUUGUCAACCCUGCGUCUAACAUGUGUCUGUCUGCACAUCAGGAACAUCCAAGUUUGGCUCCUUGCAAUCCCAGUGAUGCUUUCCAGCAGUGGGUUUUUAUUUAAGAACUCUGUGCCCUGCAGAUGAACACUUUUGCACAUC